CGUCCAUCAUCAAACCCUCUCUCUAGCUACCUUCUUCUUCUUCUUCCCCUAUGAUGCCCUAAUCCCUCUUUUUAUCAAAAUCUUGAAAUUCCUUACUUGAAUCGUAUGUUUCCAUCAUGAGAUGAGAUUCACUCAACUCCUCCAAUCUACCUUUCUUUUCUCCCAACACCCACCAACCUUUUCGUCUUCUUAAUGUUCUCUUUACAUUCAAAAAAACCCUAGAACCCACACCAUGGAGGGCUCGCCGGAGGAUCUAGGUGCCCCGCCUGAUUCCUGGGAAGUGGCGGACCUCGAUGCCAGCAUGAGCAGAUUGUUGCUCUCUUCUUCUUCCUCCUCCAACAAAAAGGAAUCUUCUCCAAACCCAUCUUUGUCUUCAUUCGAUUCCGCUUCUCUUGAACUCUCCGAUGUUUCGCCUUCUUCUACUGUUCCAACUGAUAAUAAAUCCAAGGGUGUUUCAGAAGAUUUGAUCAAUUCAGUCGAUCAGUUUCUCCGCGAAGCUUUGCAAAACCCUCGGGAGAGGCUUUCAGUCCUGAGGAUGGAACAAGAUGUUGAGAAGUUCAUGCAGGAUCAUACUCAACAGCAAAUGGAAUUCCCUCAACUUCCAACCUCUUAUUUGCGUUUAGCUGCUCAUAGGGUGGCACAACACUACUUCUUGCAGUCAAUGGUUUUACUUGACAAUAAUCUACCUGAUAGUGCUGCUUCCAGGAUUAUUGUACGAAAGACUUCAGAGUCUCGAUUUCCUUUGAUCCGUCUUGCGGACAUCCCUGUACAUUUACCAACCGAAGAAGGGGAUGUUGUCAAAGUUGCUAUAAAACAGAGAUCACAGAAGUGGUCACAAGUUAAUAGUUCAAACUCAAAUUCCAUGAAAGGCAAUAGUUCAAAAAGUGUGGAGGAAAGAAAAGAGGAUUACAACCGGGCUCGCGCACGGAUUUUUAGUUCCAGCAGUUCUAAUGGAGGAAGUAGUGUGAGAACAGAGAUUGAACAAAAGCCACGAGAUAAUCUCCACUACGGUUCAUCCGGAUUAGCUAAGGUAGAUGCAAAACCUGUUCCUGUGAGAGUUGAUAAUAGUGGCUGGGAACCUGUUCCCGCGAGAGUUGAUAAUAGCGGAUGGGAUUAUGUUGAUUCUUCAGCUAGUCGUAGUAGAUUAGGUAGAAAUUGGACAGAAAAUGAUCAAGUUGGUAGGUCUAAUCCGAACAAUAGGGUUGCUAUUUUCCGGGACCGUGAAACUGAACGCAGAGAUCCUGAUUAUGAUCGCAAUUAUGAUAGAUAUAUGCAAAGAUUUGAUCCUGGAUUUGGCUUCAGUGGUGGGCCAUACAUCAUACAACCAAUGUAUGCACCUGCAUUGAACUACAAUACUGAGUUCCCACAGUUGGGUUCGGUUAGACCUGUAGUAUCUAGUGAACAACCACCACAACCACUCCAACAGCACUUACCCGUGCCAUGGGUUGCUGCACCAUCAACCCAUGGUGGAAUGACUUAUGGUCAUCCAGAUGCUCUCGUGCCUCCAUUUAGUCCCAAUCACGUUGGCCCGAGGUCCGCUUCUGCUUUAUAUUUGCAUUCAACACAAUAUCCUUGCCACCAACGUAUUGGAAUGCCAUUUGUCCUUCCUCAUGAGCAAGUUCAACCAUUUUCACAGUCUCAUCAGCAACAACCUGAUGCAAGUUUUGGAUUGGCCCGGCCCCGUUAAGGGGCACGGGCUGUGCCUGCACCACCCGCCAAGCCAUAUAUGAGUUAAGUCUACGGUGGUGUGCAGGCAUCAAAACCCCGAGAUGGGUUGGGGAUGUGAAAUGUCCUAAUGAUGUCUCCAUGCAUCUAUCUCGGUUGGAAAUGGAAUUAAAACGAGGGCUCGAUGAAGGGAGAAGAAUGAAGUUAAGGAGAAAGAUAUAAUCCAUCUGAGCCAAAGAAGCAUGAAUAUUUGUCGGGUGAAGGUAUGCGCGUUCCACCCCUUGAUAGCUCUCGAUUCUGUAAAAUGACGCUUUUUUUUUGUUUUUUGUUUUUUGUUUUUUGUUUUUAAUCUCUCUCACUUGGCUGUUCCGAUUUCCUGUGGGGAUUUGAUUAUUUAGAAGCAUCCAAGAAAGAAACAUUAGUAGUGUUUAUGUUUAUUACAAGACUGAUACUGAAUGACUGGUUCUCCUUAGCUUUAUAUUUUGCUUUUUUUUUGGUUUGUUUUGGUUUUGGAAUGUGCAGGAACAGAAAUGAAAUAUAUUUGAUAUGGCAAUCCAUGUUCUUUUCGUCU